CAUCGUUAUUACACCAACUGCUUACACUUUAGAAACACUGCAUCGAUAUGUAAGGAGGUGCCGCAAAUAGUGGACCUGAAUAAAAAUAUCAAAAUUUUUAAUAUUAAAAAAGAAAAAAACAUGGACCACGAAAACAAAGAAGUAAACGAUGAAAACGCUCCUCUCAAACCAAAACCAGAAGCAACAAAUGAAAAAACUCAGCUUGAACCAAAGAAACUUACAAUCAGAGAAAGACUUAAACUGAUCAAAGAAAAUACGACGGUGGAACCAAUCAUGGCAUGCUAUAUAAUGCCAAGUGUGCUUGCAUCGCUAGCUAUACAAAAUUUGAACUUGGAAAAAGCGUGUCGAGUGAACCUCAAUUAUACAGACGAAAUAUGCACAGCCCUCAACCUAAGACAAGUAGAAAAUUACACAGAAUAUGAAGAAAACGUGCAAACACUCACAGCGACUAUACAAGUUUGGAAAAACAUCAUUCAAACAGCAAUCCCGUUAUUUCUUAUACUUUUCGUAGGAGCGUGGAGUGACAAAACUGGUAGGCGGAAAGCAUGCAUCCUUAUGCCCAUUGUUGGAGAACUUAUGUCAUGCAUAGGAUUUAUAAUAAACACCUACUUCUUCUACGAGCUACCUGUCGAAGUUACAGCGUUAACUGAAUCGAUAUUUCCAGCUAUAACUGGCGGGUGGUUCACGAAUUUCAUCGGAGUAUUUAGUUACAUAGGUGAUAUAACGACUACAGAAAACAGGACGUACAGAGUGGGUUUAGUAAAUAUGUUUAUGUCCCUCGGCUAUCCAAUUGGCAGCGCCCUGAGUGGCAUUCUGUUGAACUUGAUUGGAUAUUACGGAGUAUUCACAAUAUCGUCUUUGCUGUAUAUGUUUAGUUUAAUAUAUGGUUACUACUUUUUGGACGAUCCGAAACCAAAGAAGCCGACGAAAGCUAAAAAGCGGGGAUGUUGUAUUGGUUUCUUGAUGGAGUUCUUCGACGUGGCGUUGGUUUUGGAGACAUUUAAAGUGGCAUUCAGGAAAGGACCUGGCAACAGACGUCUACGAGUAGGGCUGCUGCUCAUUGUAGUUUGUGUUGUUUUCGGACCCCAGAAUGGUGAAUUCACUAUAUUGUAUUUGUUUACGAGAUACAGAUUUAAUUGGGAUGAAGUGCAGUACAGUAUGUGGUCGACGUACUGUAUUGUCACUAACCUCAUGGGCACAUACUUCUCAAUAACCUUGUUCAGCAACUACCUGAAGCUGGACGACACUAUCCUGGGCAUUAUAUCGAAUACUAGUAAAAUAGUAUCCGCUUUCGCGUACGCAUUCGCACGGAACAACUUCGAGAUUUAUAUGGCUCCGUUGCUUGAGAUUCUAAACGGCACCUCCUUUAUCGCCAUGCGGUCUAUAGCUACGAAGUUGGUCAGCGGUGAAGAGUUUGGUAAAGUGAACUCGUUGUUCGGACUUGCAGAAGCAACAAUGCCUCUAGUCUACGGACCUCUGUAUUCUAGAGUGUACAUAUCAACCAUGAACGUACUGCCCGGCGCUGUGUUCCUUCUGGGUGCAGUACUUACGUUGCCGUCAAUUUUUAUAUUUGGGUGGCUGUACUUCGAACAUAAAAAAGACAUCGUCAGGGACGAAGCGGCGAAAUCAAAAGACACAGAAAAACAAACGCCAUAGUAUAAUAAAAUGCAAAUAUGUUUUAUAGUUACUAAUUAAGUAUAAAUAAACGUUGCAUUGAUAAUGGAAAAUACGUAU